UCCCGAUUUCUCCUUCCUCCCCACCUUGCGCGCAACUCCCAAUAACAUCGCUUCCCUAGCCUAGAUAUUGUCGACGGCUGAGCCUCCGACGACGAACAUACCCACCGGCGACGGCGACGGCGGGCGGCGAACACAGCCACGGCCAGCUACUUGUGACGUCGAAUCGGCGCGACCUACGACAGGCCAAACCUACAUAUUCGAGCCCUCUCCUUGUGGCGGUCGAGACCUACGACGACUGGCCCAGUACUAUCACCAACCAAACACAUUAUUAGAGAUUUCGAAUCAAUAGGGAUUAAAGUGCAGGGCCAAUCUUUGCAGAUUCAAUUUGGAGCACUGUCCAACAUCACAUUACAAUAUGGUGUGGUGUAGUAAUUGUGUAAAAAGUGUUGCUGGGUCUCGAGAUGAAGCUGGUUUCCAAUACUGUGAUAUGUGUGGGAAGGUAUUGGACUUUUACAAUUUCUCUCAAGAACCUACUUUCUCAAAGGAUUCAGCAGGGCAGAGUCAAUUGUCGGGAAAUUUUGUUAGAUCUAUUCAGAGUAAUUUUUCUGCUUCUCGGGAAAGGACAUUAAAUAAAGCUUUUGAAGAUAUGAGGUAUAUGAGGAAUGGUUUAAAUAUGGGUGAGAGUGAUGAAAUAAUUCGUGUAGCCGGGGCAUUUUAUAGAAUUGCUUUAGAGAGAAAUUUUACAAGGGGACGUAGUACAGAAUUUGUGCAAGCGGCUUGCCUUUACAUUGCUUGUCGGGAAAAGAACAAGCCAUAUCUUCUAAUUGACUUUUCAAAUUAUUUGCGAAUAAAUGUCUAUGUGUUGGGCGCUGUAUUUUUGCAACUUUGUAAAGUGCUAAGACUUGAAGAGCACCCUAUUGUUCAAAAGCCUGUUGAUCCUUCCCUUUUUAUUGAUAAAUUUACUCAAUGUUUGCUUGGAGGAACAAAGGAGGAUGGAAUGAAAAAGGAGGUUUCUAGAACUGCAUUGAAGAUUAUAACCAGCAUGAAGCGUGAUUGGAUGCAGACAGGGAGAAAGCCUAGUGGGCUAUGUGGUGCGGCUUUAUACAUAUCUGCACUUUCUCAUGGUGUCAAGUGUUCCAAGUCAGACAUCAUAAAGAUCGUGCAUAUUUGUGAUGCAACAUUGACGAAGCGGUUAAUUGAGUUUGAGAAUACAGAAUCUGGGAGCUUAACGAUGGAGGAAUUUAUUCUCAUGGGAGACAAGGUCAAGGAAAGCAGUUCUUUUAUUGAGCGCCCUGCUGGGACCAAGAAUGGCCUGAAUCCAUCAGGUGAUGAAGUACUCUGCGUGCAUAAGAAUGAUUGCAAAAAGCCGUAUGCUCUUGGUCUUUGUAAAAGUUGUUAUGAUGAUUUUGUUGAACUUUCUGGAGGCCUCGAUGGUGGAUCAAAUCCUCCAGCAUUUCAGUGUGCUGAGAAAGAGAGAACAGAAACGGAGGAAGACGCUAAUGACUCUAGUGCUAUUGGCACACUUUCACAAGGACUAAAUCCAUGUAACAAUAUUGAAAGAGAAUUGGACAAUGAACAGGCAGAUGCACCAAAAACGGUGUGUUCUACAAAAGAAGCUGAAGCACAGGGAGCUGCAGAUGAGCCAGGAGGAAUUGAUGAUGGUGCUAAUAAAUUUGGAGCUGAUGCUCUAGGAACCAGUGCUUCUGAUGAAUUAGACAAUUGGUCUGAUAUCGAUGAUAUUGAGGUUGAUGGCUAUCUUCACAAUGAGGAGGAGAAGCAUUACAAAAAGAUAAUUUGGGAAGAGAUGAACCGGGAGUAUCUUGAGGAACAAGCAGCUAAGGAGGCAGCAAUAGCUGCUGCAAAAAAUGCUUAUGAGGCAAGUUUUGAAAAUUGUAACGCAGAUUUGCAGGCAGCAAAGGAACUUGCAGAUGCUGCCGCAGCCGCUGUAGCAAAAUCUAGAAAGGAAAGACAACGGAAAAGAGCUGCAGAAGCUAAAAAUGCUUCUCCUGCUCAAACAGCUGCAGAAGCCACUCGACAAAUGUUAAAUAAGAAGAGACUCAGCUCGAAAAUCAACUAUGAUGUGCUGGAUAAACUUUUUGACGAAUCUGCUGCUACGGAGCCUUUGACUAAAAAGAAACGUGAAGAACUCUCGAAAAAUACCGACGAGACUCCAAAUACAGCAGAAAAAGAGUUUGAAUCCAAGGAGAAGCACAGACAUGGUGACUUAGAGCAGGAAGAUGAUUAUGAUGGUGAUGGAACAUAUGGUUCUGGUCUCUAUUACGAGAAUAUGGAAGAAGAGACAUACAACUAUGAUCAUGAUUAUGGCUAUGACGAAUAUGAUUGAUAUCGAUAUCUAGUAUCGUGGCAAUUCAUACUCAGCCCUUCAGGAUUUUGAGCUCGUUUUUGCUGUCAAUAGUUAGUUAUGGCUAAUCUUAUAUUUAUUUUGCGUGCUCUUUUUUUAUUUUCCUUUUUCUUUUUAUAGUAUAGGAUUACAAACCUAGGGGUUAGGAUUCAAAUUUCCAGCCUCUAGAUUAUUACUAUUGAUGCCUUAACUAUUGAGCUAUGUUCAUAAUAAACGUUAGGUAUGUAAUUUAUCUUGAUUUUCUCGUCCGACAAAGUCAUUUGUAGCCCUUUGUUGAUGUGAGCUUUGACCACCAUUAUGUUUUUGACAAGUGGGAGAUAGGAUAGUAGAAAGGGAAGGAGAGAACAUUUUUUUCUUUUUUCAAAAAAUAAAUAGUUGUGAAGUAGUUAGAAGAUUUACGUCGACGAGUCAGGAAGUAUUAUCAAUUGUCUAUUGUAAAUAUUUUGAGUUAUCAUAUAUUAUUAUUCAUUUAAGAAACUAA